CGCACACGCGGUCGGUCACCUCCAUUUUUCCUCUCCGGGGCUGAUCUCUGAACCUCCUGCACCUCAGACUGUCCGCUGAUCUCUCUCAGCUCGCAGCUGCACGUCUGAAAGCUUCGAAGCGGUUCAUAGAUGUAACUGGAAACAAACGGGGGAAAAAAAAAAGGCUGCAGAAAGUCAGAAAAGUCAGAUUUGCGCUGCGUCCCCGCCGGCAUGGAUCUGCGUUACGCACGGAUAUCCUGAACUCUCUGAGGAGGAGAAUGCGCUCUGGAGUGCAGAAGUAGUUUCUUUUUUUUAUUAUUAUUAUUAUUUAUUGAAUAAAAGCAUUUCAACAAGGAAAUAUAAAGACUGGAAAGUGAAGAUGUCACACGCGGGAUGCUUGCUCACGUGCGUUUUAUGUUUUGUCACGACGUGCCAGAGCGUUAAAGUGAUCUCAGACGGAGACGGCUUUUUGGAGAAUGUUUUACGCUUUUAUGGUGAGAAUUCAUCCAUCACGACAGACAACCUGGAAGAUUUACUGCAGCUGAUCUCUGAAAGAAGGUCUCAGUCGGUAUUAGAUGAAAAUCCACUGGAAAACCAAGAGUGUCCCUCUGCUGAGCAGAUCUUGGCCCACUUUGGGUUCAGUAAUGUCAGCCAGCUGACCGUGGGACAUCUGGGGACGAUCUGCCCCGCUGUGUUGACCCAGGUGCUGCUGCCCUCCUGCCCCUACUCCCCCUCCAAAGCCCUGCUGCCCGUCGACUACUCUGUCUGGGGUUAUGGCUUCCUGGCCGUCACCGUCAUCAACCUGGCGUCUCUGCUGGGCCUGCUGCUCAUCCCCUUCACCAAGAAGUCGUAUUUCCCCAAAGUGCUGACCUACUUCAUCGCCCUGGCCAUCGGGACGCUCUUCUCCAACGCCGUCCUCCAGCUCAUACCUGAGGCUCUGGGCUUCAAUCCCAAAUCUGAUAACUACGUGGCGAACGCCGUGGGGAUAUUCGGAGGGUUUUACCUGCUGUUCUUCGUGGAGAAGAUACUGAAAAUGGCUCUGCGCAUGGAGCACGAGCACGGCCACAGCCACUUUGCCCCCGUAGAGACGUCUGUUGAAAACUCUCUUCACAACGGAGACAUCCCGGAUAAGAAGGACUCCGUCGUUCUGACCAACAUCUCCAACGUCACUGCCAACAAGAGCGUCCCGAACGCCGACCCCGGACACGCCAACCCCACGGCUUCUCAGGACCUGGAGGCGUCCGCCGUGAUGUGCCACUGGCUGCGAGGGCGGCGCAUCAGCAGCAUCAAGACCGUGGCGUGGAUGAUCACCCUGAGCGACGCGCUGCACAACUUCAUCGACGGCCUGGCCAUCGGCGCCUCCUUCACCGUGUCCGUCCUGACGGGGUUCAGCACGUCCACCGCCAUCGUGUGUGAGGAGUUCCCCCACGAGCUGGGAGACUUUGUAAUCCUGCUGAAUGCUGGCAUGAGCAUCCCACAAGCCAUUUUCUUCAACCUGCUGUCGGCGGUGUCGUGUUACAUCGGCCUGGCGUUCGGCAUCCUGCUCGGGAGCAACUUUGCCCCCAACGCUAUCUUUGCCAUCGCCGGAGGAAUGUUUCUGUACAUCGCUCUGGCAGACAUGUUCCCAGAGAUGGACAGUAUAGUACGAGAGCAGCGGAGAACUUCCAGCAAGAUAAUCUUCUUCCUGAUCCAGAACGCCGGGCUGCUCACCGGCUUCGCCAUCAUCCUGCUGAUCACCAUGUUCGCUGGGGACAUUAACCUGGGCUAGAGGACACAUCCUGGGAACUCAGAUAGUUUAAUAACUGCAAUAGCUGCUUCUGUUUCUGCUCAUGCGGUUUGAGCAGGAAAGUGAAUAUAAAGUGAAUGUUCUGUACAAACAAAACCAAGAAGGGAAAUAUAACUCUUUUAUACUUUUGGACUAUCAGUUUAGAGAAAUAUUUACUCGAUAAAAAAGGGAAAAAUCUUUGCAAUCAUGUAUGAAAUCUGCACUGAUUUAUCUUAAGGAGACAAUAAAUUAUUUUUUUCAGUCUUCAUAUAU